UGAAAUAAUUUUACGUACACAAUGGUUCCGAUACCGUGGUUUCGUACGUAAUCUUUUCUUGGUGUAAAACUAAUUUAAAAAAAUUGUGUAAGAGUAAAUUUAUAGUAUAUUUCUUGUCGCUUUCACAUGUACAUUCAACUUGCAUGUGAUUCAUAAUUGAGAUUCAUCGUUGUCCAAAAUAAAUCGGUUCCUCGUUUCGCGGUUUUGAUAAUUAAAAACGUGGUUUUAUCAAUUUGCACAUUUGAGUCGGGAGUGUAAGUAAAUAUCCGUUGUAACACUCUAUUCCAUCCAUCAAAUUCACUACGCUAGUACAGCGUAAUCAUUUCAACGACAAGCGGUUAAUCAUUACAUAGUCCUGUGGAUUUCAUACAGCAUUUAUCAAUGGCUCUCGAUGCGACUAAUUUUCGCCAAGUGCUUAGCUGUCUGUUGAGUUUGGAGGCCGACACUCGGAAUAAGGCCGAAGAAGCCUUCAAUAAUAUUCCCACUGAAACCAGAAUAUUAUUCUUGUUGAAUUCCAUCACCGACGAAUCUUUACCAGAUGGAGAGAAACAGCUCGCUUGUGUGUUGAUGAGACGUCUUAUUACAAAUGAUUUUCCAGAAUUUUAUCCCAAACUCAGCGCCGAAGAUCAAGAUCAAUUGAAAAAAUGUUUAUUAUUAUUGGUACAAGCUGAAACAAACGAUGGCUUGAAGAAGAAGAUGUGCGACAUUGUGUCUGAACUAGCUAGAAAUUUGGUCGAUGAUGAUGGUAACAAUCAAUGGCCUGAAUUUUUACAAUUCUUAUUCAGAUGUGCAAGUUCGACAUCAGCUCAAAUGAAAGAAUGUAGUUUGAGAAUGUUCGCUAACGUUCCCGGAGUUUUUGGAAAUCAGCAGAAUAGUAAUUUGAAUUUGAUUAAACAAAUGUUACAACAGUCUCUAGUAGAUGGAUCAGAUAGUAAAGUAAGAGCGCAAGCCGUUCGAGCUGUAUGUUCGUUUAUAAUUCUUCAUGAGAAAGAAACCGCAAUUCAAAAACAUUUUCAAGAUUUACUUCCCAGUAUUAUUCAAGUUUUAGCUGAAAAUUUACAAAACUGGGACGACGACUCGAUUAUCAAAUCAUUCAUCGAUUUGUGCGAAUCUUCGCCUAAAUUUUUAAGACCUCAUAUCGGAGGAGUUAUCGAACUUUGCCUAAAAGUUUUUUCCAACGAAGAUAUCGAUGAUGAAGUUCGCCAUUUGGCUUUGGAAGUAAUUGUUACGUUGAGUGAAGUAGGGUCUGCUAUGAUGAAAAAAGAAGCGCAGAAUUACGUCGGACCUUUAGUUCAAAGUAUUUUGAAAAUGAUGGCUGAUUUAGAAGAAGACCAAGAAUGGAGUUGUUCCGAUGAAAUUGUCGACGAGGAUAACGAAAAUAACAACGUUGUAGCCGAAUCAUCAAUUGACAGAUUGGCUUGUGGACUCGGAGGUAAAAUAGUUCUUCCUCACAUCAUUAGUAAUAUUCCUGCCAUGUUAUCCAACAGCGAUUGGCGAUUUAGACACGCUGCGUUAAUGGCAAUCUCAGCUGUGGGAGAAGGCUGCCAUAAACAAAUGGAACCAUUAUUACCUCAAAUCAUCGAAGGCGUUCUGACUUUUUUGCAAGAUCAACAUCCAAGAGUCAGAUACGCAGCUUGUAACGCUGUGGGCCAAAUGUCUUCUGAUUUCGCGCCUACUUUGCAGAAGAAAUUCCACGACAAAAUUGUUCCUUCUUUGCUACUUCUACUCGACGAUAACUUGAAUCCACGUGUCCAAGCUCACGCUGGCGCCGCAUUGGUAAAUUUUGCCGAAGAUUGUCCCAAACAUAUUCUGGUUCAAUAUUUAGAAGGAAUGAUGUUGAAAUUAGAAGCCAUAUUGAACGCCAAAUUCACCGAAUUGGUUGAAAAAGGAACAAAAUUAGUUUUAGAACAAGUUGUUACUACCAUUGCUUCCGUCGCUGAUACAGCCGAAGAACAAUUUGUGGCGUUUUAUGAUAGAUUGAUACCGAAAUUGAAAUACAUUAUCGAUAACGCCGUUACAGCAGAAUUGAGGCAAUUACGUGGUAAAACGUUGGAAUGCGUCAGUUUGAUUGGAUUAGCCGUAGGACACGAUAAGUUUGCUAAAGAUGCAAGAGAUGUCAUGGAUACUUUACUGAAGAAUCACGAAAACGGAGAUAUUAUCGCUGAAGAUGAUCCUUAUCAUACUUAUUUAAUUUCUGCUUGGGCCAGAAUUUGUAUAGUUUUGGGUAAGGAUUUCCAGCCAUACUUGCCUCUGGUUAUUGGCCCUGUAAUGAAAACUGCAUCCAUGAAACCAGAAGUUGCGCUAUUCGAUAAUGAAGAUUUAGAAGAUCUAGAUAGAGUCAAUGCCGAUUGGCAGUUCAUUUCAUUAGGCGAACAGCAAAAUUUUGGUAUUCGUACUGCAGGCUUGGAAGAUAAAGUAGCUGCGUGUGAGAUGUUGGUUUGUUACGCUCGUGAAUUAAAAGAAGGAUUUGCCGAUUAUGCUGAAGAAACAGUACGCUUAAUGAUACCAUUAUUAAAAUUCUACUUCCACGAUGGUGUUAGAAUGGCGGCAGCUCAAAGCUUACCACAUUUAUUGGAAUGCGUCAAAAUUAAAGGACCUGAUUACGUCAAAGACAUGUGGAAUUUUAUCUGCCCAGAAUUACUGAGCGCCAUUAAAGGUGAUCCAGAAAACGAAGUAGUUGGCGAUCUCUUCCAUUCAAUGGCUAAAUGUAUCGAAGUCUUGGGCAAAGGAUGCUUAACAGAACAAUGGAUGAAUGAAUUGAUAUCCUUAUUUGAAAAAAAUCUUUUAGAACAUUUUCUCGAACAAGAAGCUGUCCAGGAAAAACGCAAAGAAGAAGAUUACGAUGAAAAUUUAGAAGAUGAAGUAGACGACAGCGACGAAGCCGAUACCACUUUCAAGAUUAGUAAAUUAGCUGACGUUGUUCACGCUCUAUUUAAAGUUUACGGUACCGAUUUUUAUCCCUAUUUCGAUCGAGUUUUAACUCUUUUCGUUAAAAUGCUGGAUCCCCGACAAAAGUGGACCGAUCACCAGUGGAGUAUUUGUAUAUUCGAUGAUCUAAUCGAAUUCACUGGACCGCAUUGUAAAAAAUAUAAAGAUUACUUCUUGGCACCAUUGGCCAAUUAUGUUACGUAUCAACAACCCGAAGUAAGGCAAGCAGCCUGUUACGGUUUCGGCGUUUUAGCUUUAUAUGGCGGCGAAGAAUUCGCUCAAACUUGUGCUUCUGUAAUUCCCGAUUUAUGUAAAAUAAUUAGCGAUCCUUCGGCCCGCGAAGAAGAAAAUCAAGUAGCUACAGAAAACGCAAUAUCAGCUUUAACUAAAAUAUUGAAAUAUAAUAGCUCCGCUGUUAACGUAGAUGAAGUUUUACCCCAUUGGUUACAAUCACUUCCUGUAACGGAAGACGCAGACGAAGUACCACAUGUUUAUGAUUAUCUGUGUGACCUUAUCGAAAGAAAUCAUCCUAUUGUAUUAGGAAAUAAUAAUUCAAAUUUACCUAAUCUGGUAGCCAUUAUGACAGAAGUGUUCUUUAAAGAUGCAAUCAAAUUAGAUCACAUUGUAGCUAAGAGAAUGAUCACCAUUAUGAGAGAAGUUCAAAAAUCACCAGAAAUGUUUGAACUGUGUUUAUCACAAUUGAGUAUAGAAAAAAGGGCCAAGCUAACAGAAAUCCUAGUUUCCGGUUAAGAUGUGGAACGUUGAACGAUGCGAAACGUGUGUGAUUUAUUUUCUCUACUCCUUUCUCAAUUAUGACAAAUAAUUAUUUUUCAGACGCGAAAUGUAAUCAUUGAAUUAAACAAAUUAUUCAUACGUAUUUUUUCCAACUCAUUUAUUAUUGUCUUCGUUAUAAUGGAAAAUAUAUCAUCCUAUAUUGUUAUUAUAUUUAA